AUGUCUAAUCCCUCGAGGAAUACUAGCAUGACCCAGUGCGCCUAUCCAACCGCAACCCCCCUCCGCCCCUACGAGAUGGUUCUCUACCACGAUCCUCUUUCGCACUUUGGUCGGAAUGUCAUCAAGGAUUAUCACCUGCCAACGCUGGUCAGCACAGUUCAGCAACCGGAUGGGAAUGUAGAUCGUAGUGUCCUGGUCGGUGCCAAGCACCCGUGGGUACCCAUGCCGAGAUCCGCCACGGUCGGUAUCAUCGGUGCAGGUGUAGGCGGACUGUACGCUGCCAUGAUGCUAGAAUCUUUAGGAAUACAGUGCGAAAUCGUAGAAGCCAGUAACCGCUGUGGAGGCCGGCUUUUCACAUACAGAUUUACGGAUGCCAAACACGAUUAUUACGUUCCAAACAUUCCUGAGGAUUUUGCUGAAUAUAACUGCGACACGCUCUUCGACAAUGUUGUCGAUCCGUUUGUCCAGGCGAUCGCGGAUGACUUCAAGAACGACUCAAAAACCGGGUGGGAUCUUAUGAUGCAGUAUGAUAGGUACUCGACCCGAUUAACCGAGAGUGUGCUCGAUUCCCUCGCGUUCGCGUUCCCUCAAGAAGAAUUGAAGCGGUACUUCAUCGACCAUCCGAAGCCUGAGAAGAGCGUGAGGCUUACAUUUGUAGACGGACAGACCAAGUCAUAUGCACACGUCAUCAACACGAGCACCCUGGCAAGUCUGCGGACUAUGGACCUCAGCGAUGCGUACCUCGAUCCUGCGCAAAACAUGGUGUUGCGCCAGCUGACCGAUGGGCCCGGUGCUAAGAUUGGAGUAAAGUUCAAGACGGCCUGGUGGGAGGACCCUCGCGUUAUGACGACGUUCGGUCCCAUUGUCGGUGGACAGUCUUUCACCGACCGUAUGGUGCGCACAGUCGUCUAUCCGUCCUACGGCGCGGGCACCAGCCAGCCAUCUACAGUUCUGAUCGUCAGCUACACGUGGACGGUAGACGCCGUGCGAUGGGGCGCUCUUCUCGCCGACAGUAGCGGGGAGAGGCUCAAAGAAAUCGUGUUGCGCGAUCUCGCCGUCAUACAUGGCUUCGACCCCGUGGAGGGCGUUGCGUUCCUGCGAGAGCAGUGGGCGGACCAUUUCCCGUUCAGCUGGAUGAACAACCCUCACACUAUCGGUGCUUUCGGUCUUUUCGGGCCGAGUCAAUUCAUACAAGUCUUCAAGAACUUGACCCGUCCUGCAGCCAAGGGCAGGCUACACUUCGCGGGCGAGAGCGUCAGUGUUCGUCACGGCUGGUUUGUCGGUGUACUAGAUGCCUCUUGGCGAGCUGUGCGUGACAUUGUUAUCGCUAGUUUUCCUCAGCUGCUCGAUGGCUUCGAGCAGAAGUGGCGAAAGGAAGCAAACUGGAAUGACAGCAUUGCUGCGAGGCAGUUUGCCAUCUCAAUGCAUUUGCAGGGGAAGAAGUGGUUGUGGUUCAACGUGCCUACUCAUAAGCCAGCAAUCAGAGCAUACUUCAUACUUCCAAUGCUCGUCUCACGCGAUGAAUUAUCCGAGAAUUCUUACGCUAAUGGCGGUUACGCUCAGCGACCUCAUCUGGUUAACUGCGCUAAGGCCUGA